AUGACUGCUUCCACUUCCACUCCCUCCAAGAUUCCCUCUUCGAGCAAGUCUUCGCUUUCAAAAGUCACGAAGCAGAAGAGGAACGAGCGAGAGCGAAAGAGAGUUGAUCAGGUACACACUUCCCCAUUUCCCCCUUUCUUUUGAUGAUUCCAAUAUUGCUCUCAGGUCAACCAGUGGUUCCUUCUUCUGCAAGAAAGAGUUCCGAAAACGUCAGGGAAGAAGUCCAAACUGUCAAAGGUAACACUUUCAUCUCUCCAUCUUUCGCAUUUAUUCCAUGUUUCUUCCAGGUCGAAACCCUCAGAGAAGCCACCCGCUACAUUGCCGAACUCACGAAGCAGCUCGGAAUGUCUCCUUCCGCGAUGCCGGCCGACUUUCCGACUCCCCAACUGUCUCCAGACUACCCCCAAUCGCUGUGCUCGAUGGCUCCGCAGACUCCUUCUCCCAGCUACGUUUCCCAUAUUAUCCGGCUCCGCAGCAGAUGA